AUGACGACAGUGGUGUCUUCGACGGCGAGCUCGACAGCGACCAGGCGCGACAGAGCUGGCAGUGUCCUCUCCUCCAUCGCGUUUUCCACAGCGGUAGCUCUCUCCCUCGCACAGUACCCUCCAAAUGGAGUUCGUGGAGUGGCAACGCCGAUUGUAAGGGCGUCAAGGUUUGGUAUUGAUGAAAGCUACGCAAAGAAGUACGAGAAAGAUUUGUUGAUUCUGUGCCAGGUAGAGACUGCAGAGGGAGUGGAUAACGUAGAAGGGAUUGCAGCCGUUGAUGGGGUUGAUGGCAUUAUGGUUGGACCGUUGGAUCUGAGUGCAAGUGUUGGGUGCAUGCACGAUCCCAGAAAUGAAAAGGUGAAAGAGAUGAUGAGGAAGAUUGAGAGCACCGUCUUAGGAAUGAAGAGGAAAGAGGGCGGUGGGCCCUACUUGGCUGGCUUCGCUAUGCCAUUCGACGGUCCGGAUCAGUUCAGGAGCCGCGGCUACAAAUUGAUUCGUGGGGUCACUGAUGUUGGCUUGUUCAAGAACGCAUGUGUUGGUGACGUCAGCAAGUUCAACAUGAACACCAACAAGAUCAACGGCCAGUACUACUAG